AUGUUUACAGGUCUUAUACGGCGCUUUUCAUCAGAGGACACUGAUCUUGGCGUUCCGUCGCAAGACAACCCCACGAUGCAUGGCAAGGAUGGCAUCAACGAGGUCUUCAUACCAUCCAACAUGCGAAGAGCUAGCCCCUUUCGCCCGCCGCCUCUAGAGCCUGUCUGCCUUCACGGAUAUAAAGAUAGCACCGGCGAGGACUCGCGGCUGCUCAACGAAGCCGUCGCGGAGGAGAUUAGGACCAUGGUGCCCGAACGCCUGAAGCUGGCAGAGGAGUGGAAGCUUGUGUAUAGCUUGGAGCAAGACGGAUCCAGUCUGAGCACUCUGUUCCAAAAGUGCAAAGUUCAUGAAGGAGAGCGCGUUGGCUUUGUGCUUGUAGUGCGAGACGAGGAUGAUUGUACCUUUGGCGCGUACUUGUCUGAGUAUCCGCACCCAGCACCAUCAUAUUUUGGCAACGGCGAGUGUUUCCUAUGGCGGGUUUCAACAUUACCAUCGCUGCCACCCCCGCCGUCGGCAGACACCACCAACUUGUUCCGCAGCACGACGCUGGCAUCGCCCACGCGAGAUAGCCACGGCCACGGCGAUAUGAUCCGCUUCAAGGCGUUUCCAUACAGUGGCCUCAACGACUGCUAUAUCAACUGCGAAGCCGGGUUUCUCAGCGUCGGCUCCGGGGGCGGCAAGUAUGGCUUGUGGCUGGACGACACGCUAGAUGUAGGACACAGCUCGACAUGCGACACCUUUGGCAAUGAGCCUCUCAGUGACGUAGGAGAAAAGUUUAACGUCGUGGGAGUCGAGGUCUGGGUAUUAGGCGCAUGA